AACUGGGUGCAGUCCAAAGUUUUUCUUUCAAUAGUUCUGUGCACUUUUGCAUAACAGCUGAUAACACACUAUUUCCCAUGUUACUCAAAUAAUUUUGUGAAAGUUCAAAGUUCCCAUCUGACCGUGCGCUUGAUCUCAACUCUUCCACACAGUGCGAGAUAUUUGUAUUUGUCCUCGGUAAUAGAUCAAUCCUAUAUUAGUGUCCUCUAUGGAAACCACGUGGCAGAGAGUAGAAUCCAUGCACCGCUGGAUUCUAGAGAAUGGGGAUAAGCGGACGGACCCAUGGCUUCUAGUUUACUCUCCUGUACCGAUCAUCUGUAUAUUUUUGUGCUAUCUUGGUGUUCUUUGGAUUGGACCCAAACUUAUGAAACACAAGGAACCAGUGAACCUAAAAGCAGUGCUUAUUGUGUACAACUUUUCCAUGGUCGCUUUGUCUGUUUACAUGUUCCAUGAGUUCUUGGUCACCUCUUGGCUGGCAAACUACAGUUAUCUGUGUCAACCUGUGGACUACAGCCCCAGUCCACUGGGAAUGAGGAUGGCCAGUGUAUGCUGGUGGUUCUUCUUCUCUAAAGUCAUUGAGCUUAGUGAUACAGUCUUUUUCAUCCUAAGAAAAAAGAUUAGCCAACUCACAUUUCUACAUGUGUAUCAUCAUGGAACGAUGAUCUUCAACUGGUGGGCAGGAGUUAAAUUUGUGGCGGGAGGUCAAUCAUUUUUUAUCGGGCUGCUGAACACUUUUGUUCAUAUUGUGAUGUAUUCCUACUAUGGCCUGGCCGCCGUGGGGCCUCACAUGCAGAAAUAUCUGUGGUGGAAGCGCUACCUCACCUCACUGCAGCUGGUCCAGUUUGUCUUGCUGACUCUUCACACUGGAUACAACCUCUUCACCGAGUGUGACUUCCCUGAUUCCAUGAAUGCAGUUGUGUUUGCAUACUGCAUCAGCCUCAUCAUACUUUUCAGCAACUUUUACUACCAGAGUUACAUAACCAGGAAGAGCAAGAAGUCUUAACAGCUAGUCCACAUGCUGAGGAGCAGAAUCACCCACAUUUUGAUAGACUAUUUUUCCAUCGCCUCAGCAACAUUUAGUCAUCAGGACUAAAAGGAUUUGUAUCCUCAUAUCUAUUUUGGGUUGUAAAUAUAACUUGUUUAGUAGAGGUGUGACAUGUCUUGUUAGUCUUUUUUUGUAUGUGUGUAUUGAAAUCUCCCGCUUUGUCAUCAAAUAAAAUAUAACUUGAAUGUAAAUAAAGUGUAAUCUCAUUUUAA